AUGAAUUGGGCCAAGGACGAGAAAGGAGAUCUAUUCGUGGAUGUUACUAUCAACGGUGAGGACUCGCCACGUCAUCACGACGCUAUAUUCAACGCGGCCCCGCUUGGUGCCAUGCAACGGGUGGAUCUUUCGGGCCUCAAUCUCAACCGGGGCACGAACCAAGCUAUCCGCUCCCUCGGUCACGGAGCAUCAUGCAAAGUAGGCAUUCGAUUCAAGAUCAUCUUGUGGAUCAAGCACUCAGGCAACGAUGCAAAAACGGAUCUCCCACUGCGCAUUUGUGUCCACCCAUCCUACAACCCGCACGAUCACAACCCCAACGACGACACUGAAAAACCCAGCAUCCUGCCAUGCUCCCACACAAGGUCACAAGAAGCCCAGCGGGCAGCGUCGCCGAUCAAUCGCUCACGGAUCUCUCCAGAACGAAGAGGAGCCGACGACACUCUUGAUCGACAACCUCGCCAAACUGCACUCCGAGGACCGACGACCACCAAAUCAUCUCCGACGCCUACGGAAGACGCCACGCGUACGACCGGUACGCCGAUGCCGGCACCGCGGGCGCGAUCGCGUACUUCGGUCCCCAGCCUUUCCGCAACGUGUACCCGUGGAUCACGCGCAGCAGUGGGCCGCACAUGA